AUGGCAGACACACCUCUGCGCGGGACCGGAGUGCGAUAUGCGCCCACACCUCUCCACCCGACAGCGCGCGGCACUAUUCGAACGAACUUUAAGAAUUUCCACGAGGUCGCAACCAUCGUGGUAGGAGGACAGCACGCACCAGACUCAGCAGCACGUGGUCAAGGACAAACAUCCUACACCAUACACAAAGAUCUCUUGACUGCCGAGUCGCCCUUCUUCUCGGCUGCUCUCAAUGGCGCCUUUGCGGAAGGCCUCGAUCAGACUGUGCAUCUACCUGAAGAGAAGCCAGAAAUCUUCGAGUGGUUCUUGUGGUGGCUGUACACGGGUUCGCUAACCUCACCCACAUCGACGAACUGCGAGAUCGAACCAAGACGUCACAGGCUGCGCGCUAUAGAUGCCAUGCCUGGGUUUCCCGGUCACCAAGGACUGCCACAACAUGUGACACAUACAGAUGGAGAUCUUCGUAACUCGCAGGGUUCGCCCAAAUACUUCCUACUGCUGGAUCUGUACGCUCUGUCAGACAAGCUGAUGACAACCACACUUUGCAAUCACAUCGUCGAUACGAUAGCGCGCCUAUCCGAGAGCACGAACUCGGUUCCUACGCCAUCAGACACCUGGAUUCUCUACGACAACAUCCGUGACAACGCCCCGAUGCGCAAACUGAUACUCGACCUCUUCGCGUACAAGAAAACAGACAAGUUACUCGAGAGCCACAAAGACGAGUGGCACCCACGCUUCCUCAGAGAGCUGGUUGUCAAGCUCAAGCGACCCGGACUAGAGUCGCUGGACAGACAUUCGUUGACACCCUGGCGACCACUCACCUGGCAAAAGUCAAAGGCUUGCGAGGCUUGCCGAGAGCUACUUACGCCUGGGAUCAGCAGUGAGAAGUGUGAUAUCUGCGAAAGAGCUUUCUGUUGUAGUUGUGCGAGUGCAGGUAGGACGCCUGGGCUUGGAGGAGACGUGGGAGCUUGUAAGCCAUGGUUGAAGGGCAUGUGCUCGAGAUACCAUGAGCAUGCCCCUGGCGAGGAUGAGGCCAAGAAAUGCGGAAGGUAG